AUGAUUUUUCUCUGCAGCGGCUUGUGGUCAGCUAUCGGGUAUGGUUCUUCACCACCAUUCUGUUUUAAUAGCUUAAGUUUUAUUUGAUAUAAUCGAAUAAAAGGCUAUUUUAAAAAUCUACGAAGCCUAAGAAAUAAGUAGUCCGUCAUUUAAAACGAGAGUCUUUAUCAGUGGAUUACUGUUACAAAGAAGCCAUAUAUGGCUUAGAAGUCCUUCAGGAAUAUUUUCCUCUACAAAAAGAACAUAAAUAUGUUCUUAAUGGAGUUUCAGUGCUUUUUUAACUUGAGGAAUUAAACAAUAGUCACCAAUGAAGGGAUAUCUCAAGUCUCAAGCAUGUGGGAGAUCUGUUUACGAGCUAAUUUUCGUAAAAAGAAAAAUGGCCAUUAUACAAAGUUCAAUAAAUCACAGUCUAAGAAGGAACCAGUAUUACCCGCGUUUCAAUCGUACAAUUUCACCCAAUAUCCACAUCAGGGAAUUCUGUAGAGACAGUCGCUUGAAUGAAGGCAUACACAUUCUAUUUAGUGCGCACAACCCUUUAAUAAACUCUUCCAGAUAUCUUUUGAAAACCGGCAUUGCCAACAACGCGCUUUCUGAGGGUAAGCGAAUCCAUUUACACAUCAAUAACAGGGGAUUUACAUUUGCGGCAGACACAUUUUUGCAAAACACACUUAUAAACAUGUAUGACAAGUGCGGAAGUUUGGCUGAUGCUUUCAAAGUUUUUGAUCAAUUCACUGAACAAGACGUCUUCUCAUGGAAUAUGAUAAUUGCAGCUUACCGAAGGCACGGAUUUCUUCAAGAGGCGUUCACAUUGUUUCGCCAAAUGCAAAGAACAAGUGUUCAACCCAAUCAAUUUACCUUUGCCAAUAUCCUCCCAGCAUGUACCAAAAUGGGAGCUUUGAAACAGGGUAUGGAGAUUCAUGAAAGGAUAAUAGAAAGAGGGUUUUUGACAGAAGAUGUACUUGUGACCUCCAUGGUAGACAUGUACGCAAAAUGUGGAAGCAUACACAAGGCACGCGAAUUGUUUGACAGAAUGCGCAAUUCAAACGUGAUCUCGUGGACCGCUAUGGUUGCAGGAUACGCACAAAAUGGUGUUCUUGACGAGGCUCUGAGGCUUUUCAAACAAAUGCCGCAAAGAAACGUAGUUUCGUGGACUGCUAUCAUUGCUGGAUAUGCACAAAAUGGACCAGUUGAAAAGGCAUUGGAAAUUUUUAAGCAAAUGCAAUUUUCAGGUGUAAAGCCAAACUCAGCAACCUUUUCCAGUAUCCUUCCAGUGUGUGCCAAAAUGGGCUAUCUGGAACAGGGUAUGGAAAUCCAUCAAAAAGUAAAUGAAAGUGGAUUUUUGUCAGAUGUUGUACUUGUAACUUCAUUGAUUGACAUAUAUGGAAAAUGUGGAAGGAUACAGAAGGCACGCAAAUUGUUCGACAAAUUGCCUCUGAGAGAUGCAGUCUCCUGGAAUGCAAUCAUUGCUGGAUAUGCACAAAAUGGUCCAAUUGAAAUGGUCUUCAAUAUAUUUAAACAAAUGCAAUUGGCAGAUGUAAAUCCAAACUCAUCAACCUACACUAGCAUCUUACAAGUGUGUGCAAAAAUGGGAAAUUUAGAACAGGGUAUAGGAAUCCAUCAAAAAGUAAUUGAAAGAAGUUUUUUGUCAGAUGUUGUACUUGCAACUGCCCUAAUAGAUAUGUAUGCAAAAUGUGGAAACAUACAGAUGGCUUGUAAAUUGUUUGACAACAUACCUGAACGAAAUAUGGUAUCAUGGACUGCAAUCAUCACUGGGUGUGCCCAAAAUGGGCUCGUUGAAAAAGCCUUGGACCUUUUUAAGCAAAUGCAAUUGGAAGGAAUAAAAGCAGACUCGUCAACUUUUGCCAGCAUCCUUCCAGCUUGUGGCAAACUUGGGGUGUUAGAAAAUGGUACUGAGAUCCAUCAGAAAAUAAUUGAAAUUGGAUUUCUGUCAGAUAUUGUAGUUGUGAAUUCCCUAAUAGAUAUGUAUGCAAAAUGUGGAAACAUACAGAAGGCUCGUCAAGUGUUCGACAACAUGCAUCAGUCAAAUGUGGUCUCAUGGACUGCGAUGAUUGCAGGAUAUGCAAUGCAUGGAUAUAGCAUGGAUGCCCUCAAACUGUUUGAACUAAUGAAGCACUCAGGAACCAAUCCCAACCAUAUCAGCUUCAUUGCUGUUUUAUUUGCAUGCAGCCAUGCAGGUCUAGUGGAUGUUGGCUGUAAAUACUUUAAUGAAAUUAGUGAGUCUUGUUGCAUUACACCUACAAUGGAUCAUUAUGCAUGCAUGGUUGACCUUCUUGGCCGUGCUGGCUAUGUAAAAGAAACCUUAAACUUUAUAAUCAAAAUACCAAUAAAACCUGAUGUGGUUGUAUGGAUGUGUUUGCUUGGUACUUGUAGAACACAAAAGAAUAUAGGGUUAGGAGAAUUUGUGGCAACAAUCCUUUUUGAGCUGGAUCCUAAAAAUACUUCACCAUAUGUUCUGCUAUCAAACAUGUAUGCAGAAAUAGGCAGGUGGGUUGACAAUCAGAAGGUGAGAAAAUUUAUGAAAGAGAAAAGUAUUAAAAAAAUCCCUGGCUGUAGUUGGAUUGAGGUUGAUAAAAUGGUACAUGCUUUUUGUGUGGGAGACAGAUCACAUCCACAAACGCACAAUAUCUAUGCAAAGUUGGAGGAACUGUCUUGGGAGAUGAAGACAGCAGGGUAUAUUCCAGAUACAAUACCUAUAUUAAAUCAUGUGGAGAAGGAGGAGAAGGAAUUACUUCCCUGCCACCAUAGUGAGAAGUUGGCAAUUGCAUUUGGGUUGUUAAACACAGCCCCUGGAACAACUAUUAGAGUUUUCAAGAACCUUCGAGUAUGCAAUGACUGCCAUAAUGCAACCAAGUAUAUAUCUUUGAUUGUUGCAAGAGAAAUUAUUGUUAGAGAUGCAAACCGGUUCCAUCAUUUCAAACAUGGAAAAUGUUCCUGUGGAGAUUUUUGGUGAUGCUAAGCAAAGCAAUCGAUUAGCACAGGAUGGCACAAUGCCAAAGUGUAUGGUGUCCAAGUUGCAGAGGAAGCCUGUACAUCUGUGUAUUGAAAGCUGCAGAAGGUGGAGGGAGAAUGGGGAAUGUGACAGUAGAAGCAUGCUUUUAAGGAAGUGAAAAGCUGAUCAGUCAGCAGGAAAUGUGAAUGAAAGGUUUACAGUCAAGUCUUUCUCCAGAAAUGUUGCAGGAGAAAUUGUGGUGAGAGUUGUGGACCGAUCCCAUAUUUCAAACAUGGAGAAUGUUCUUGUAGAGAUUACUGCUGGUGCUAGGUGAAGCAAGCUAUAAACGAAGGCUUCCUAACAAGAUGCCUGGUGUCUGACUUGCAAUGUUGUGGACUGAAAAGCUCUAGAAGGUGAAGGAAUGAGAAAUGUGGAAGGAAAAAAAUGCUUGAAGGAAAUGGAAAUAUGCUCAAUCAACAAGAAUUGUCAGAGAACAGAUUUCAAUCAAUCAAUUGCUUUGAUAUCAUGAGGAGAGCAUUUCUUGAUUCUCCUUUACAGUAUCUUUGUCAUUUUGUACGUGAUCUUACUGUCUGUUAUUUUUUUUAUAGAUUAAUGAGGAUAAUUAGCAGAGCCCACGGCCAAUGGGAAACAAGCCUGCAAAGAGUGCACUUUCAAGACUAGUAUCCAAACCCACGAGCAUGGAGGCCUAGUGUACGGGAUUGAAUCAUUGCAGUAUGGCAUCAACAUUGUCUUUCUUUAUGUAUUAAUUCCGCCAUUGUUUUCUCAUUCCGAUUCUGCCAUUUGUCCUAAAUUAUAUAUAACAAACUACUUAUGCACGAUUUAACUUUUCCGUGUCCAUCUUGUAUUUC